UUAUGUGACAGAAUGGAUGAACAGUCACAAGGCAUGCAGGGGCCUACUGCUCCACCCUUUCAGCCACAGAAAGCCUUGCGACCUGACAUGGGCUAUAAUACACUUGCCAAUUUCCGAAUAGAGAAAAAGAUUGGCCGUGGGCAGUUCAGUGAAGUUUACAGAGCAACGUGCUUGUUGGAUGGGGUACCAGUGGCAUUAAAGAAGGUUCAGAUAUUUGAUUUAAUGGAUGCCAAAGCCCGUGCUGACUGCAUCAAAGAAAUAGAUCUUCUAAAGCAACUGAAUCAUCCAAAUGUAAUUAAAUACUACGCCUCAUUCAUUGAAGACAACGAACUGAACAUAGUGUUGGAAUUAGCUGAUGCUGGAGAUCUCUCUAGAAUGAUAAAGCAUUUUAAGAAACAGAAGAGGUUGAUUCCUGAAAGAACAGUUUGGAAGUACUUUGUUCAGCUUUGCAGUGCCUUGGAACAUAUGCAUUCUCGUCGUGUUAUGCAUAGAGAUAUAAAGCCGGCUAAUGUGUUCAUUACAGCUACAGGGGUAGUAAAGCUUGGAGACCUUGGACUUGGUCGAUUUUUCAGCUCUAAAACCACAGCUGCACAUUCUUUAGUUGGUACACCUUAUUAUAUGUCUCCAGAGAGGAUACACGAAAAUGGUUACAACUUCAAAUCUGACAUCUGGUCUCUAGGCUGUCUGCUGUAUGAGAUGGCUGCACUGCAGAGUCCCUUUUAUGGUGAUAAAAUGAACUUGUACUCCCUGUGCAAGAAGAUAGAACAGUGUGACUACCCACCUCUACCUUCAGAUCACUAUUCAGAGGAACUGCGACAGUUAGUUAAUAUGUGCAUCAACCCGGAUCCAGAGAAGCGACCAGACAUAACCUAUGUCUACGAUGUAGCGAAACGUAUGCAUGCGCACACUGCAAGCAGCUAAACAGACAUCA